UUCUCACUAGAGCCAGCGGGGAGGCUUCCUCUAACAGACGAGUGUCACCACUACACAGGCAAGCAUGAGGUUCCCUGGGACAUUCAAAAGUAUUUCAGUCAAAGAUACUCCAUCUUCUCAUACUAUGAUGCUGGAGUCCACAUGACGGAUGAUGCUUGGUUCGGUGUCACACCAGAGCCGGUAGCGAAUCAAAUCGCGUUCGAGCUCGCUGAGGACUAUUACGACCCUCAAAAGAACGUCCUUAUUGAUGCGUUUGGAGGAGCCGGGGGCAACACCAUUGCGUUUGCGCUAUCAGAGCGAUGGGAUCGCAUCAUCGCCAUUGAGCGCGAUCCUGCAACACUCGCGUGUGCCCAACACAACGCCGAGCUCUACGGCGUCGAGCCAGGUGCCGUCACCUGGGUCCUCGGCGACAGCUUUGAGUACAUGGACCUCCUGGUGAACGCUCCGGAAAAGCUGCAUCCCGACCUCAGGGUUGAUUUGAAGUCUGCCAUGGUCUUCGCCAGCCCACCUUGGGGAGGAACGGGGUACAGGACCGACGAGAUCUUUGACCUCAGCACAAUGCAGCCAUACAACCUGCAUCAGUUGCACGAAGCUUAUAAGAAGAUGGAUCACGUACUGUUCCUGCCAAGAACGAGCGACAUUCGACAGAUUGCGAAACUCGCGCCGCCGGGGAAGAAGCUCGAUGUCGUUCAAUAUUGCGUUGAAGGGGCCAGCAAGGCUAUGGGCGUGUUUAUUCCAGCAGAGCAAUCGGGAGACUCAAGCGAAUGA